UGGGCAGUGACUAAUAUCGACUAUAUACACCAACGUACAGGCAAAAGAAUCGGCCUGAUGAUUCUGGUAAUCUGGUGCGUCUCCUUCCUCGUGUGUAUUGCCCCACUUCUGGGCUGGAAGGACCCCGGAUGGGAGCAUCGUGUGUCUCAGGAACGCAUGUGCCUAGUCUCACAGGACAUAGGUUACCAGAUAUUUGCAACGCUAGCCUCGUUCUAUCUGCCCCUGCUUGUGAUUCUCUUCCUGUAUUGGCGGAUCUUCCAGACGGCACGCAAGCGAAUCAGACGGCGAGUCACUGUGGCGACUCCACCCACUUCGGCAAAAGGGGGUGGAGCAAAGGGUGGGCCUCAGCCUAGAGGCGGGGUUAUUGCUGCAGCAGGUGGUAGUGGGGGUAUAGCAGCAGCUGUAGUUGGCGUAAUCGGCCGCCCUCUCCCCACCAUCUCUGAAGCGACAACAACAACAACCACAAACAGCCUUCACCAACGUGAGCUCGGCCAAUACUCACCCGAGAAGGGCAGCUUUGGCAAUGGUCUCGAAGCAGACCCCCCACCUGCGAUCCGAUGAGUUCUAUUGGUCCCACCGCCGAGCCAAUUACAGCCAACCGCCGCCCCUCAAGCAGCGCAAGCAGCCCAAGAGAGCGCCCCCGAGACCAAGCGCGAGCGGAAGGCAGCCAAGACCCUAGCCAUCAUCACGGGAGCAUUUGUGAUUUGCUGGUUGCCAUUUUUUAUUAUGGCCAUUCUGCUUCCUGGAGACAGUGGGAUGUUCCAUCAGUACGUGAUUGCCUUCUUCUUGUGGCUGGGUUAUUUCAAUAGCACUUUGAACCCGAUCAUCUAUACUGUGUUCAGUCCCGAAUUCAGGCAUGCCUUCAAGCGACUGCUGUGUGGCAGACGGGCUUCUGUGCGCAGACGCGGCGCGCAUCACAAUUUUCCGCGCUGAUACUGUAUCAUACAGGGAUGAUACUGUAUCAUAUGGAGUGAUACUGUAUCAAAAACAAUUAUACAGUAUCAUAAGCUGGAGUGAUAUAGUAUCAUACACUGGGAUGAUAUGAUAUUGUAUACUGGAAUGAUACAGUACAAUACUCUGGGAUGAUACUGUAUCAAAAACAAUAAUACCGUAUCAUAUGGAAUGAUACUGUAUCAAAAACAAUUAUACAGUAUCAUAAGCUGGAGUGAUAUAGUAUCAUACACUGGGAUGAUAUGAUAUUGUAUACUGGAAUGAUAUAGUGAUACUCUGGGAUGAUACUGUAUCAAAAACAAUGAUACCAUAUCAUAUUGAAUGAUACUGUAUCAUCUCAUAUAAUACAGUAUCGAACGCUGGAAUGAUACAGUAUCAAACACUGAAAUUUGUUUAUUUAUUCAUGAUUUUCACAAAGAAGCACUGAUUGGGAGAGAAAAAUUAAGGAUACUCCUUGUACUAAAUGAUACAGUAUCACAUGGA